AUGCCCUCCACUGCAAUAAGCCCAACGGCACCCGCAUUGCAGAGAGCCGCCAACGCCGGUAGUUCGCCCUUCGCGAGUCUAUCGCGAACUGGAGCCACCGGAAUCGUCCCUGCCGGGAGGCACCGCUCUAGCCCGACGGAACCGCCAUCAAUUGUCCGUCCAUCAGCCCCCUCAGUCGCCCCCUCGCAAGCUUACGCCGUCGCCGUUCGAAUCGCCGCCGUCCUUCGGCCAUUGUUACCGUCGAUAGCGAGUACUCCUUGCCGGCAUCCCGCAAUCGCUAGUGACCGAGAUUUGAUUUCGGGAUUUAAAGAGUUGAGUGAGUAA